AUGCAGCCACCCCAACUUCGUCAAUUUGCAAGUCGUAAUGAGCUUCUUGAAUACAUGCGGUCUUUCUCUAAAACUCAAGGAUAUGCUGUCACUAUAAAAAGAUCAUGCUCAGAUAGAAAUGGUAAAAUAAAAAAUGUGGUAUUAGGCUGUGAUAGAAGUGGGUUCUAUAGAAAUAGGUUAAAUUUAUCAGAUGAUUUACACCAUAAAAGGACAGCUUCAAGACUUAUAAAUUGUCCGUUUGAGCUUUUUGGAACAAGACAUGAUAAUAUUUGGCACCUUGAGGUUCGAAACUCUGAACAUAACCAUGAAGCAUCAACAGAUAUGUCUGGCCAUCCAAUUGUUAGAAAGUUGAAUGUUGAUCAAAAGGAACUGGUUAAACAAAUGGUUGUCGCUGGUUCUCGUCCCCGUCAAAUCCUGUCAACUAUACACCAAAAUGAUUUAUCCUUGUUUGCUAUAUCUAGAACUAUCUAUAACAUUAUGAAUUCUAUUCGUCAAGAAAGGCUUGAUGGCCAUACACCGGUCCAAGCCUUUCUUGACAAAUUACAAGGAUCUGACUUCGAAUUUGAAUAUAGAGUCGGUGCACCGAAAGAUUGUAUUACUGAUAGAAUUCCAGACAAGAGAAAUCCAUGCAGCAAUCUCUUUUCACUUCAUGAUAAGUUGAUCAAAGUGUCAAGCGCAACUCCAGACUCACCAUUAAAACCUUGCACAGAAACUUUCAAAUCUACGAUGGGUCUCCCUUGUCAUCAUAUAGAAUUUCUGGAAUCCACAUAUAUUAUCAAAGAUAAUUGCACAAAUCUUCAGCCUCUUUUGCAGUCUCUUGCCCACAUGUACCAAUUCUGGCCACCUCAUCAACAAGUUGCUAUCCAUUCUCAGUUAGAAGAGUUGGUGAAUACCCCACCUGUUGUGGUAGAAAAUCCAGUUACUAGUAAACCACGAGGAAGACCAGUUGGUGCAAGAAACAAAAACAAAAGAAUAAUACAGAGAGACCCAUCCACCUUUGAGCAUGUUGAAAAACAGUCAAGACAAUGUGGUACAUGUCAUCAAACUGGUCACAACAAAAGAGCUAAUCAGUAG